CACAAUGCCAAAAAUAAAGAAUUUGUGCACUGCAUGUGAGGAGUCAUUCUCUGUGGAUGGACCCAUAUCUGAGGAAGCACUUCAGAGAGUCCUCACGAUAUUAGAUAAAAUAAGGCCUUCCGAUGUUGGUUUGGAGCAAGAAGCAUAUGUCGCCCGAAACUGGAAUAAUCCAAGCCGUGAUUCGAAUGGGAGGCGAGAACCUAAUGGCACAGACCAGGACAUGCCUCCAAUAAAAUAUAUGCACAUUCAUGAAUGUGAAACCUUCUCUAUGGGCAUAUUUUGUAUGCCACCGUCAUCUAUCAUUCCUCUUCAUGAUCAUCCUGGAAUGACUGUGCUGAGCAAACUUCUCUACGGAAAACUUCAUGUGGAGUCAUAUGACUGGAUCGAUGUAAACGAUCAAACUGAACAACUGAAGGCUAGACCAGCGAAGCUUUUUAAGGACUGUGAAAUGUCUCGACCUCAGACUACGGUUCUUUUUCCUGAUAGAGGUGGUAACAUCCACACAUUUAGGGCAAUCACGCCUUGUGCUGUCUUCGAUGUUCUUUGUCCUCCAUACUUGCCAGGUGUGGGCAGGGACUGUUCGUACUUCAAGAAGUCUUCACUAAAUGAAUCACCUGCACCGAAUUGCCCAGAAGUUGUUUGGUUGGACGAACUGGAGGGCCAUCAACCUCCGAAGGGGUUUUCUGUUACAAGCGGUUCCUACAAGGGUCCUAUAAUAAGAUGA